AUCUAACUUCAGUUUAGGAGUCUCAGAAGUCCCUGUUCGAAAAAGAAAAGUAGUUGCUCAAGUCUCAAUGUCUCUGUUUCUUCCUGUUUCUGCGUGAGCAGAGCAGGUAAUAAUUGUAUCUUGUCGGAACCAGCGACAUCUAUAAUAGCAGAUCAUCAAACCGUCCAACUGAUUUCUGCUCCACUUUCACUGUCCGGAGCUAUAAUUCAUUUAUGAUGGCUGUUGACCUGCACAAGCGGGAGUUAUUGCUUCCUUCCGAGUUCUCUACUAAAGACCCGGGGGGUGUUCUUUCAGUGAACAGCAAACCCCUCACGCUGAACGGGUCUUACUUUUCUGGCUCGUCGGAUUCUGGGUCUGAGUACAUGAGUUCGCCGGUGGAAUCUGAGGCGGGUUCGACGAAGGGCAGUGAGGAGAUAGAGGCGGACGACGACGAUUACAUUUCUGAGUUGACUCGUCGGAUGGCUCACUACAUGCUUCAAGACGAAGAUAAACAUGAACAGUCAUGGGGUUUCAGUAGUUCUCCCAAAUCGACGCUUUGGUCGCCGAUAGGUUCGAACCAUGAGAGUCCGGUCGGGCGGUCAAGAGCGACAUCGCCGCCGGUGACACCCAUAAUUGGGGAUUCUGAAAUGAUGAAGAUAAGUGAUGGAAUCCCCAAAUACAACCUUGGCAAGGAACUUUUCAGCGCACCGGCAUCAAUCCCAGUAACUACAACAAACCCAGAUUUCGGGUUUCAAUCAAAAUAUCCCCUAAUCGACGACCAAAUUCGAGCUAUUCAAUUUUAUAAGCUUAAACAGCAGCAGGCCAUGAAACAGAUGGACAAAAAACAGAGGUUUAAGCAAAACUGUCAAGGCAAAGGAAGAGUCCCUGGAGGGUUUAACAACGGCCACAGGGUUCCUUCUCACUCGUGCGCCUGGUAUACUCUGCAACAGCAACAGAGUAACCGCCAUGGUUCCUUGGACACGAGAGGUGUUUCCCUUAACACAUCAGGCUCCAAAACUGGUUCUGGGGGAACAGGGGUGUUCUUCCCUCGAAGAACAGGAACGUCGUCCGCAACACGCAAAAAACAGGGAUCUCCCACAGUUCUUAUUCCUGCAAGAGUAGUUCAAGCACUCAAAGUCCACUUUGAGAAAAUGGGAGUUCCACCAAGAUUAAACACUGAGUUUCCUCUGCAACAACAGGAUACCCAUGUGGAUGGGAGUAACAGCAUUCCCUCGCAGCAGAAACGUCACCUACGGACGGCGCCGGCCAUCAACCACCAAGAUCUAGGUCUACCUCAAGAAUGGUCAUAUUAGAAAUUUCCAAAAAAAAGAAAAGAAAACAGGGGUUGUUUCCUGCUUUAUGAACUGAUUCUAAUCGUAUCUUGGCUGUUUUUUAUCUAAGAAUAGAAAGGAUUCCAAGGGAGAAUAAAGGAGAAGAAGGAAGAACAAAACAAGUGUAAAAAUUUAGGGUUAAGUAUAUAAUAAGAAGAAGAACCAAUGAAAUAAGGUUUUGAGUUUGUACCCUUCUUCUGGGUGGGAUGGCUGGUUUAAGUUCCUGUGAAAUAUAAUAAGGAUGCCUUUUGUAAUCUCUUUGUAAUCCGCUAUCAGCAGUUGUAUGAUAAUGCUAUUAAAUGGAAUUGCUUUCU